AUGAUAACUAUUGGAAAGAACUACGUUUUACAGAAGAACCACUUCAAGAAGCACUGGCAAAGAAGGGUCAGAGUCCACUUGGACCAGGCUGGACAGAAGCUUUCUAGAAGAAACGCCAGAGCUGCCAAGGCUGCUGCCGUUGCUCCAAAGCCUGUCGACUUGUUGAGACCAGUUGUCAGAUGCCCAACUUUGAAAUACAACAGAAAGGUUAGAGCCGGAAAAGGUUUCACUUUCGCCGAGUUGAAGGCUGCUAAAUUGGACCCUAAGUACGCCCAGACGGUUGGUAUUGCCGUCGAUCACAGAAGAGUCAACAAAUCCACAGAGACUUUUGACGCUAAUGUUGAGAGAUUGGAACUCUACAAGAAGAGUUUGAUUGUCUUCAAGAAGGGUGAAAAGCCAACUGCUGAGCAGGUUUCCGCUGCUGCUGCAUUCCCAAUUGUUCAGUCUGCACCAGAGACUGCACCAAGAGCUGUUGAGGUUCCAGAGCGUACUGCUUACAGAACUCUUAGGUUGGCUAGAUCUAAGAAGAGAUACUUGGGUAUUAGAGAGAAGAGAGCUGCCGAGAGAGCUGCUGCCGAGGCUGAGAAGAAGAAAUAA